CACCAAGAGAUGCCAUGGUGCAAGUACAAGAAAAGGUAAACUUCAAAAAAAAAUAAAUAAAUAAAUAAAUAAAUCAAAGAUAUCUUUAGCUGCUGUGGUAGAAUCUCUCACCCCUCCCCACCGUCCAGAAUUUCCACCACCACCGCUCCUCUGAGCUCUGUUACAUGACACGCCUCAGCCCAUAUCCAUUGGUGUUUGGGAGUUGAAAUAAAAAGAAUGCCUCAACUGCUGGCAGCACUACUGCCCUCCAAACAAUGGCUCAAAUCCACAUUUUGGCUCCAGCAUUUCCUCUCUUUCGCCUCUCCUCCCAAACCCGUCUUUCUUUUUCAAUCAACUUCUUCUGGGUUUCGAUUCAACUCAUAUGCUGCCAACAGGAGGCUCUCCACAAUCCCAGUUCGUUUGGACCAACCAGAAGAUGGAAGCAGUGAUUUGGACAAGUUGAGGGUGUUGAGACAGAAAAUUGAGGUUUCUGGGAUUACCUUAGAUGAUUCUUGUGUGCCAGGACGGUACCAUCACUUGAUUUGUCCUAAGUGUAAUGGUGGGCAGUUAAUGGAGAGGAGCUUAUCUCUUCAUAUAACCCAAGACAGGAAUUUUGCAAUGUGGAGAUGUUUUCGCAGCACAUGUGGAUGGGCAGGCCGGGUUUUUCCAGAGAGUAGUGCAGCAUACAGUGAAGUCACCAAUAAUUGGAUGACGGUGGACAGCCUAGGGUUAGAACCUUUGGGUGACAAGCUGAUUGCAUAUUUUGGUGAGCGGAUGAUAUCAGAGAAAACUCUGUGGAGAAAUGCUGUUAUGCAGUUAUCUGGUAACCAGAGUGGGCAACUGAUAAUCAUGAGUGUCAUUGCUCUUACCUAUAGACAAAAUGGACGUCUUGUCGGUUGUAAGUAUCGAAGCAUGGGCAAAAGGUUUUGGCAGGAGAAGGGUACAGAAAAGAUAUUAUAUGGACUUGAUGACAUACAGGAAGCAAAUGAAAUCAUCAUUGUUGAAGGUGAGGUAGAUAAACUUUCGGUUGAGGAAGCUGGCUUCUGUAAUUGUGUAAGUGUUCCUGGUGGUGCACCACAAAAGGUUUCUGCUAAAGAAUUGCCAUCUUUAGACAAGGGGAAGGAGGGUUUCUAUCUUAAUUGUUUCAUCAGGAGCUAUUUAAUAACCAAAGAUGCAUAAAUUGAUCUGACAGUGAGCAUGCCUCAUCUUUUCAGGUGUAGCUAACAAUCACCAUCCUUCAUUUACAGUGAAAAACCAUUAGAAACUACCCUAGUAAUUAAUUUAUGUGGUCUUAUUGAAGUGAAUUUAUUCUUCCCUUUAAAUUCAUUUCUUUUCCAUCUUUCUUGUCCUUAUCUUGUACAGUUCCUGGCUGCCUUGUAUCUUGCAAGGUGGUUUUCAACAGGAUAAGAUGUAUUUAUUUGUGGCCUCUAAAGGAAUUCACGGAAUUCUUUCUGUAACGUUGAUCCUUUUCCCUAUUUCUUGUAUACCACCACAAUUGAAGUUCUUUUGAUGCACUCCUAGCAGUUGACAAAAAUGAAAUAGUAAGCUUGGACAAGUCAACCAGUAAUACAAUGAAGAUGAUGCUACUAAUGUUGUAUUGGAAGUUGAUAUAUUAUUACCACAUUAUUUAAUUUAGAGAUCUCAAAAUAGCAUUUGAAGUAGACGCAGGAUUUGGUCCACCUGAAUGGUUAUUUUGGGAAUUCUUUCUAUAAAGCUAAAUUCACUUUACUCAUUGACCCAUAGUUUCCAACAUCCUGGCAUUUAAUAAUUUAACCUGUUUCUAGAAGUGCUUUAUACAUGAAGUCCCUCCUACUUUGUUCAAUGUUGUAAAUAUCAGUGUCAUUCCUGGUAUCAGCAUUUCUUGAUUAUGAAAGAUGAUAUGUUGUGGUUGAGAAAUAAUGUAUAAAAGAUAAAAGUGAUAGGGUAUUUUAAAUGGUUAAAACAUGUUUACAGCAAUGAAAUAAUUGAAGACAGUAUUUUCUGCCAUGAUAAUUUCAUACACUACUUCAUGGAAUAUGCAUGAUUCAUGUACCAUACUAUCUUCAUUGUGUCAUUAAUUAAGAUUUCUCCUUCACUCGAAACAAGUUUCUUUUGAAAACUAUUCAUGCCACCAAUUUACUUGAUGUUUGAAGUUGAAGAUAUUGCCAUAGAAGAUUGAAUUUUUUGUUUUGUCAAGAAAUCUGUUUUUUGCUUUACUUUUUGGGGGUUACUGAAUGAUGUCUUAUUAUAAACUGACCAUUAUAUAUCAUUGCUGUUCAUUGAGUACUGUGACACACCAGAGAUCCUCAUCCAAUACUUAAAACAAUAACUAUAUUUUAUAGUGAUAGAUUAAUCACACUUAUAAUAAAUAAAAUAUGCAUUCUUCGGAAAAGAAAUAUAAAAUACCAAAGCUCAUGAAUUGACUUUCCUAUGACUAAUAUAAUGUAGGAAGCUUAAUAAGGCAGUACUUCCUGUCUGGUCUGGGUUGUAGUUGCCAAACUCACCAUUUAUUUGAAAACCUAACCAUUCUCUAUUCCAUCUUUGUCUUUUUAGGUUAUUUUCUGUUAUCAAUAUUAGAGAGCCUUUCUUACA